UGCCUGUGGCUCAGACGCAGGCGCAACCCACUGCUGCUGCGGGGAUCCUUGUGACCCUUCCGGUGGGUACAGCCAAUCCGUGCACAGAGAAGCGGGGCGGACCGACGCGAGCGGAGGGAGCGCCGAGAGCCGCCGCCGCCACUGCCGCGGCAGGGGCGUGGAGGGCAGGGGGCGGCCUAGGCCGCGGUGCAAAUAUGGCUCACAACAGAGACGGUGGGAACCCGUUCGCCGAGCCCGGCGAGCUUGACAACCCCUUUCAGGACCCAGCUGUGAUCCAGCACCGACCCAGCCCGCAGUAUGCCACCCUUGACGUCUACAACCCUUUUGAGAUCCCGGAGCCACCACCAGCCUAUGAGCCUCCUGCCUCUGCCCCGUUGCCUCCGCCCUCGGCCCCCUCCUUGCAGUCCUCGAGAAAGCUGAGCCCCACGGAGCCCAAGAACUAUGGCUCCUACAGCACCCAGGCUUCAGCUGCAGCAGCCACAGCCGAGCUGCUGAAGAAGCAGGAGGAGCUUAACCGGAAGGCAGAGGAGCUGGAUCGGAGGGAGCGGGAGCUGCAGCAUGCUGCCCUCGGCGGCACAGCCACUCGACAGAACAAUUGGCCGCCUCUGCCUUCUUUCUGCCCAGUUCAGCCCUGCUUUUUCCAGGACAUCUCCAUGGAGAUCCCGCAAGAAUAUCAGAAGACAGUAUCCACCAUGUACUACCUCUGGAUGUGCAGCACUCUGGCUCUGCUCCUGAAUUUCCUCGCCUGCCUGGCCAGCUUCUGUGUGGAGACCAACAAUGGUUCAGGCUUCGGGCUCUCCAUCCUCUGGGGCCUCCUCUUCACUCCCUGCUCCUUCGUCUGCUGGUACCGCCCCAUGUAUAAGGCUUUUCGGAGCGACAGUUCAUUCAAUUUCUUCGUUUUCUUCUUCAUUUUCUUCGCCCAGGAUGUGCUUUUUGUCCUCCAGGCCAUUGGCAUCCCAGGUUGGGGGUUCAGCGGCUGGAUCUCCGCUCUGGUGGUGCUGAAGCAGAACACGGCUGUGGCUGUGCUCAUGCUGCUGGUGGCCCUGUUCUUCACUGGCAUCGCCGUGCUGGGGAUCGUGAUGCUAAAGCGGAUCCACUCCUUGUACCGCCGCACGGGUGCCAGCUUCCAGAAGGCCCAGCAAGAAUUUACUGCUGGUGUCUUCUCCAACCCUGCGGUACGAACCGCAGCUGCCAACGCAGCCUCCGGGGCUGCCGAAAAUGCCUUCUGGACCCCGUGACCCCUGCCUGGGAUGCACUGGCCCUGCCACUUGAGGGAGCUGACUUAGCCCCCAUCCCUGAGGUCUCUGGGACUUGGCGAGACAUCAUUACUUGAUGUCUCCUUUAUAGUGCCCCCAACCCCAC